UAAAACGGCCCACAUUCAUUAGUUUUAGAACUAUAUGCCCAUGAAUGUUAAAUCCCAGCUCUUGAGGAGUAACAAAGUUUCAGCUGAAUUUUUGAAGGAAUACCUUACCUUUACCUAUCCCUUAGUCUGUUGGACCUUUGGGCACCAAGCAAGACUUGUCAACCGUCUUUCUCCAUUCCUCCUUGUCUUUUGCCUUGUUUAAAACCUUUUUCCAUUCUUUUAUGUUGUCCUCCCAUCGCUUUCUCUGUGUGCCUCUUCUUCUUUUUCCUGGUACUGUUCCCUGAAGGAAGGUCUUUGCGAGUCCCACAGAUCUUGUAAUAUGGCCAUAGAUUUUAAGCUUGCGUUUUUUUUCAAUAGUUAGCAGGUUAUCAUGGGGUCCGAUCGAUGCAGUAACCCUGUCUCUAAUCUCUUGGUUUUUGAUGCGAUCUUUGAAUGUGAUACAUAGGAUCCUUCUGUAGCAUCUCAAUUCCAUUACUAGGAUCUGUCUCUCUGGCUCUGCAGUCAGCACCCAAGACUUGCAAGCAUAUAAAAAUGUGGCCAUGACCAGGGAGCACAUCAGUCUGAGUUUGGUGGCGAGGGCUAAGCCCUUGACUUUCCAUAUCGUUUUAAGUUUUGAAAGGGCUGCUGUGGACUGUGCUAUUUGGGCCAAUAGUUCGGGUUUCGUUCCCUCAUCUGAGAUUAUAGCUCCGAGGUAUUUGAAGCUGCUAAUACUAGUCAGCUUUUCACCUUUAAUACUGAUGCCCCUUUUAAAGCCCUGUUGACUAUUUGUCAUAAUUUGUUUGUUUUUUUGGCAUUUAUUUGCAUGCCAUAUAAUAUGCUGCGGAAGUCUUGUCAAUCACCAGGUGAGCUAGUUUUUCUUCUGUCCCUGCUAGGCCGUCAAUGUCAUCUGCCAAGCGCUAGUAAUUCUUCUUCCUCCAAUGCUAACAGUACCUUCAUAGCCAUCGAGAGCAUCUUCCAUUAUCCUUUCAAGGAAGAUAUUGAAGAGUGUUGGUGAAAGUAGGCAGUCCUGUCUUACUCCAACUGUAGUUUUGAACCAGACCCCAAUAUUAUUGUUAAAGUACACUUCACUGGUGGUAUCCUUGUAGAGGUUCUUGAUAACUGUAUGUUUUUAUUAAUGUUGUACUUUUCCAUUGUCGCCCAGAGUACCCUGUGCCAUACUCGAUCAAAAGUUUUCUUAAAAUCAAUAAAGACAUGGAAAAGAUUGUCUUGGUGUUGGAGAUAUUUUUCACAGAGUAUUCUGAGGUUUAGGAUUUGCUCUGUUGUGCUGCGACCUUGUCUAAAAUCCACUUGUUCUUCUGAUAUGAUGUUGUCUGCUAUCGGUUUUAGCCGGUUUAAUAUAAUUUUUAACAGUACUUUGCUGGGAUGGUUUAUGAGGCUGAUAGUGCGAUAGUUUUGACAUAGUUGUAAAUUGCUUUUCUUUGGAAGGGUUAUGAUGAGUGAUUGGUUCCAGGGUUUGGGCCAUUCUCCUGAUUGCCAGAUCUUGUUACAAAUCGUAUAUAGUGUGUUUAUCAUGGUUUCUCCCGCCUGUAGAAGUUCACCAGGAAUGUUGUCAACUCUGACCGAUUUUCCCUUUUAAGGCUUUCAGGCUGCUACUUCUGAGCAAAGAAUCGGAUAGGCGUCAAUGUUGGAUACUGCCAGGACAUUUAGUAUCUCUGUAUCUCCUUCCUCUAGAAGAAAUACAAGAGCUCAAAUUAGAUUCCCCCCACACCAACAAAAUUUCUUUUUUUUAUCUAUUAAUUAUUUAUUUACUUCCAUAUUUAGUUUUGUAUAAAACAAUGUCAACAUUUCUUAAGUGGACUCAAGCAUCUCAUUCAACAAGCUACAGUAUGGAGGCUUAUAACACAUUGUCACUUUUUGUUUGUACAGUUAGUGGAACACUGUGAGGCUAAAGGAAGGAGUGGUUGCUUUGAGUGGUGCCAUUUUGUAGCUCUUUAGAUAACUAUACCUAUAAGUACAACUAAGCGUUUGAAUAUGACAGGAGUGAAUGAAAAUAGAAUGCUACAUGAAGAGGAUAAAGAAAUAACUUCUUGAAAAAAAACAACUUUAAAGGUACGUCAUUAAGAUUUUGUCUGCCAUGGAUAAAAAACGUUUGACAAGAAAAAAAGAUUCUGGCCUUAAUGAAGGAAUUGCUGGUCGUUAUGUGAAAAGAGACACACCUCCACUCCUCAGAAAUUACCAUACUCCUGUUCGCCAAGGAACUUCAUUCCAAAGAAUGGGUCGCACUACGAGAACCCCAGCAUCCUACAUUCCUCAGGCUCAGGUGUACAAUGUACCUGGCCAACCUGUCACCCAGAAUGUUUCCACUCCUCGUCCAAAUGCGCCAACUGUCCUGGCACAUGAAAGCAGUGGUGACAUUGACAAGUACUACGCUGGUCAUCAGCCUCAGCAACAACAUUUCUCAUUUUCAUCACAGCCGCAGACAGUGAGGUACCAGAUGUUUUAUCAGGCCCCACAUGGGGUUAGUCCACAGAUGCAGUCACAGCAACAUUAUCAACACUAUGAGCCUGGAGCCUUGCCUGUCAACCAGUUGACCCAAGGCUUUCACAAUUUAAGAAUGACCUCCUCUCCUGUAUCUCGUACGGAGGUGACCUCAUCAGGUCCUCAGACAUUUGGUGUGGCUUAUUCUCAGGUGGUCAGUGAUGUGGCCACAGGAGUGACACGUCCUGCAAUAAACAUGAGUCAAGGGGCUUUCAGUAAUCAAAGUGCAGAAUUGCAGCAUCAAAAAUUAUUAGGACAUUUAGGUGGAAAUCAAGAAGAUCAGCGCAGUAUUACAAGUCCCCUGACUGUCAUCAGAGAAGAUGACAACCCUGAAGGCCAGCCUUAUUACAAGUACACAGGUGCCAGCAGCGGAAGUAGCACAACAAGCAACAACAGCAACAGUGACUACUACAAUCUGCAGCAGCUGGAUGAAAACUACCAAAUAGCUCAAUACCACCAAGAAAUCCGAAGUCAUUAUGCCCAGCAGAAUCCUGGAGGCAACCUCCUUGGGAAAGGAAUGUUUGGUCUGGUGACAAGUGACCUUCACGAUCUUAAAACAACCUCUGGGUCUUCAGCCUCAUCUGGGGUGAGUAGCUAUCUAUCACAGGAAGAGCUUCCCCUACCACCAGGGUGGUCAGUGGACUGGACAGUGAGAGGCAGGAAAUAUUACAUUGACCACAACACGCAAGCCACACACUGGAGCCAUCCAUUGGAGAAAGAAUCUUUGCCCACUGAUUGGGAGAGGAUAGAGUCUAAAGAACGAGGUGUUUAUUAUUAUAACCAUAUCACACGCACAGCUCAGUAUCAUCAUCCUUGUAGUUCAACUCAAGGUAUGGUACUCGCUUACGGAGGUCUGGUUCCAGAGCGUAUUCCUCCCCACUUAGAGUAUCGCCAAAACAAACAGCUAGUUCCUGCCAACCCAUAUCUCAACACAGAAAUCCCAGAAUGGCUCAUUGUCUUUUCUAAAGCACCUCAUGAGCAUGACCAUAAAUUAAAGUGGGAACUGUUUACACUGAAGCAGUUAGAAAAUUUUGCUGCACUCCUGACGAGACUUUACAAGCAGGACCUAGAACACAUUGUGAUGAGCUAUGAGAACUAUCGCAAUGCUCUCAACAGAGAGCUAGAUCGUCGAAAGAAAGAGAGGCAGCUGCAGCAGCAGCCUUUGGCCAUCACCAACCUACCAUUCCAACAUUCUCUAGUCCAGCAGCAGAUGAUGCAGAUUCAACCCCAACAGCAAGUGCCCUACAGUCAACAGCCGUCCCAGUACCAGCAGCAGCCAUCAAACCAACAUUUGCUACUAACACAAAAUAUUGAAACAAAAGUGUGAUAUUUUUUUGUUUUACUUUUGGACUUGACAGUGCUUGGGAUUAUUACAAUCAACAACAAUCAAAUGUUAUUUUCUUCAAAUGGAGAUUACUAAACUUAGCUAGAAGUGUUGAGUAAGAAGUUCAAUCAAGCUCAUAACUAGUUUUAUUUUCAGUUGCUUUUUCUUCCGAGAAUCGUUUUCUCUCUAUCUUUCUUUGUUUCAUAUAGUUUCUGUAUCAUCUCUCUUAUAUAAACCAAAAAUUAAUCUAUUUUAUAUUUAUGUUAUAAAACAUCAAUAGGUUAGGUCAGUGUUAAGCACAAAGUCAGUAAAUGUUGAUAGAAAGUCAUCAAUGUCAUAUCAUCUGAAGCUAUACCAAUGCAGUUAAGUGCUGCUAAUGUUCAAAUAUUGUAAUGCAAUAUGAAGAAUUUGAGCAAGAAAUGCUUGUUUAAGAUAGAAAUCUAUUUUGUUUCCUUAGUUGGGAUUUUGUGUGUCUCUCAUUGGAUACAUAUUUUGUUACUCUCAGAGCUGUCUUUCUCUUCGCAAGUGGAUCUUUGUUUAUUUAUGGCUUCAUUUUGUUAGCAAUAUGAUGUUCUUCCAUUUAUUUUUUGUCAUCAAAUUGACUUUGCUUAUGUUACAUAGACAGUAUGUAAGAGAAGGUUGAAGCCAAUGACAACAUAGCAAUGUUGAUCUCUGACGAUUAACUUAACUCUGUACAUACAAUUUGUUUUUGUUUUGUUUCUGUCUUAAAAGAAAAUGUUGCCUUAUUUGUUAAUGUUUGACAACAACUAGCGCUUGUGUUGUUUAUGAACUAAUUGUUAUCUCUCAAAGCAUUUAAAUUAACCAUCAAUGAUGAAGUUCAGGGGGUUACCAGGAGAACUAGAAUAAGUAUUUGAAUUUAUUUCUUUUCUUUUUUAAUUACAUUUCUUUUUCCUCUUUUAAUUCCUAGUUGUGUCUUAUUGAGCUAAAUAUAUAUAUAUUUAUGUACGCAUUUAGACAAAUAAACAUUUAGACUAUCCUUUAUAUAUAUAUAUAUAUAUAUAUAUAUAAAUACAAAAUAAAAUAAAAAUUAUAUUUUAUUUUUCCAUUAUUUACAUGAAAAACAAUUUAGGUGUUAUAAGAACUUCUAAGAACUUUUUUUUUAUUUUGACUACAAAUUGUAAGGAGCAGAAUUUUAUCUAUAAAAAAAAUUAUAUAUUGUGGCGAUGAUUUAAUUCUCUGCAGCCAAUGUGGCCACUGUGAGAGUAUUUAAUAAGUUGUGAUGCCACAGUAUUGUUGACUACUGUUAAGCUGAUUCCAGCUAGUUUUCAACAAUAAAUUGAAGAAUAAUGUUCUAUUUUUUAAAGCAUCAUUUUACUUAUAUAUUUACUCUAGGAUGAAAAACAAAGUUUUUUAAAGUGCAAAUAAUUAUUUCCUAUUGCUUUGAUAUUAGAAGUCUGUGCAUAGCUUCUUACGUCUACAUCAUACAAAGUUCAUAUUUUUAUUAUCAAUUCCAAAGUUUUGUGUGUAUAUAUUUUUUGUACUUAAAAAAAAAGGUUGUGUUUUUAUCCCUUUACAAAGGACUAUUUAUUUAGUGUAAUUUGUUUGUUAUUGUGAUAUAAAGAAAACAGAGUACAAGCUUGUUCAUUGAUAAUUGUUUCUGUUUUGAUGGAAUGAAAUUCUGGAUUAAAUCUUCAAAGAAAAAAUGAUGGUUGUAUUAUCAUUUCAUUAGGGAGCAUGGUGGCUGAGUGGUAAGGCUCUUGGCUUUCUAACUGAGGGAUCUUAAGUGAGAACUGGGAUUUUGAGCUUCAGGAUUUGUAAGACACCCCUGAGUUCAUCCCAUUCAAAUAAGUACCUGAGAUACGCUGGGGAAGUAGAGGUGCUUUGUUGUUGUGCUGGCCACAUGACACCCUCAUUGACCACUGGCCAUAUAAACAGAUGAGCUUUACACCAUCUGCUCCCAUAGAAUGCAAGGGUACCUUUGCCUUUAUGAUUAUAUUAGGAUUGUGAAACAAGCAGAGGCUGUUCAGUGUGUGGUGCCGCUCUGGUUGUGAAGAGUUAAAUGUGUGUAUGUGAAAGUUUGAGAAAUGUUUAGGUGGAAUAAUAUAUGUCAGGAUGGUACAUGCAUUACAGUCUGAUACAAACUGUUCUCAUCAUCCAUUUCAAACAUUUCCAUCAGAUCUGCACUGCCAGUUGUCCAUGCUUUAAAUCUUCAUUUGUUUCAUUUUCUAUUCUGUUUGGUAGCUACGGGCUAAUAAGCUAUAGAUAUUCAUUUAAUGUGAUUUGUAAUGAGUUCUCAAUUAUGUUUUGUGGAAAUAUGGAUAAAUAUAAACACAUUCUGCACUCAUUUUGUAAAAAUUUCCUAGAUUUAGUCUAGAUCUUGUAUGUCAUAUUUAAGGUCAGGGUGUUAUCUUUGUUAUUUUCAUAGUUGAAAUUUAACUCUUUCUCUCCUUAUCAUCGAUACCAUGAUUGAUUUGACCCCAUUCUUUCAGCCAAAGUGACAGUACUAUGAACAAUACUUGAAUAGUCAGUUGUUUUGUUUUCUUUCCUUUCCUGCCAAAAUGUUUUUGUUUAUAAUUUAAUCUUGAGUAGUUUCCCUUUGGAAAAUAAUUUUUUCAUUUUCACUGUUAUACCAAAAACAAUAUUUUUAAGAGUAGGGGCUACCUAAAGGCUCUGUCUUUUGUUGUUUUUUUAUAUUACUUGUCUUGUAGGUAAUGGCAUGGGACAGUGAGCUCAAGAAAAUGAAUGUAUAUUUUAUAUGUUUUAUAUUAAGUUUUGUGAAAAUAUGAAUAACUAUUAUAAAAAUUACUUUUAGUUCAAUUUGGAUCAUAAAAUAGAAAGUCUAGUCCAUUUCAUUUUGGUUGUAUAAUCAUUGAUAUAUUUUAAUUAAAAAAGGGUGUGCAUUGCCCAUUAAGUCUAUAUUAAAUAUAACAUUUUCUGAUAACAAACAAAAAAGAUAUUGAUGUAUAAUCAUAACAGGCUGGUGAAAUGCAUAUGAACAAAAUGGAUAAUGACAUUGUGGAAAAUAAUUACAGAGAGAAAUAGUUAAAAUAAUAAUUUUUUCUACAAAAUCGAAUUGUAUUAUUUUAAAAGGGGAUUCAUUUCUCUGUAAUUUUACCAUUUUCUGAUAACAACCAAAAAAAGUUAAUUUAAUUUAACCAUAACAUGGUAGCACACUACAAAUUGGCAGAAUGAAUCAUUUUUUCCUGAACUUGGAAAAUAAUUCAGGAGAUAAAGAGUUAAAAAGGUAUUUAAAAUCAAGUAAUCGUGCUAAAGGCUAUUUCUGUAGAAGACUUUUAAAAAAUGUAAGUAGUUAAAAACAACAACUUUACUUAGUAAUUACAAACACUUACCUAGAUAUUAUAGUUCAUAAAUAUCAUUUCCAUAUUCUGCAUGAUUAUUGUAAAACCACAUUUGACUAUAUUUAGUUCAAAUUUAAAUUUGAAUCAUUUCAAGGGUUAUGAAAUCACAUAGUCUGAAUGAUUCUAUGCCAAGAUUCUGUUCAACUUGUUUCAAAUAUAAAAAUGUCUUGAAUGAUGUGUUACACUUCAGAAAUUCUGUCCAAACAAAUAUUCUUGCCUUUGAAUUGAGCCUUUAGUGAGUACAUUGUAAUAUGAGAGACUGUAACCAGAGAAUGCAAUCAAAUUUUAAAUUUUGCUAUCAUUUUAAUUAUAGAGAUAUUUGCAUCUAAGUGAUUGUUUUCUAAUUGUUUUGUUUUUUUUUUUUUUUGUUCAGAUAAUCUUUUAUAGCACUGGUAGAACAAAAUUGAUGGUUGUUUACCUGAAAUAAUGAUUUCAAACACAUUUUUUUAUGAAAGCCAAAAAAAAUAAUAAUAAUAAAAUACAUCUGAGACAAUAAA